UUCGCACCGGGCUCGUGGCUCGGCGUGUGCUGCGCCGCCCGCCUGCCCGCCGCCGCCUCGCCGCGCUACCUGCUGCCUGCGGAGGACGAGGAGGCGGCGGCGGCGGAGGGCGGCGUGGCGCGGGCCGGCGGGGGCAGCCCCGGCGGGGCGCGGGGCGGCGGGCGGCCGCGGGGCGGCGGCGGCGGCGGCGGCGGCGGUGGUGCCGGGCUGCGGGCGCAGGUGAGCGGCGUGCAGAAGCAGCGGCGGCUGGCGGCCAACGCGCGGGAGCGGCGGAGGAUGCACGGGCUCAACCACGCCUUCGACCAGCUGCGCAAUGUCAUCCCCUCCUUCAACAACGACAAGAAGCUCUCCAAGUACGAGACGCUGCAGAUGGCGCAGAUCUACAUCAGCGCCCUGGCCGAGCUGCUGCACGGCCCCGCCGCCCCUCCCGACGGCCCCGGCAAGGCCGAGCACCGCGGGGCCCCCUUCGAGUCUCCUUGCGCCGCCUCCGGGGCCGGAGCGCCGCCGGGGCCGCCGGCGCCGCCGCCGGGGCCGCCCAGAGCGUCGCCCCCCGGGCACGGCAGGACUCGCUUCCCCCCGCCGCCACCCACAGGGGGCUACUCGGUGCAGCUCGACCCGCUGCACUUCUCCUCCUUUGCGGAGGGCGCCCUGAUGGGACAGAGAGCCCCUUCCCCCGCCCUCCUCAUGCCGCAGCCCGGGCAGCCGCCGCAGGAGAGGAGCAAAACUUCGCCCCGGUCCCACAGGAGCGACGGGGAGUUCUCGCCCCGCUCCCACUACAGCGACUCGGACGAGGCCAGCUAAGGCGAGGGGGUCGUCCCCGACAACCCCUCCGGCCGCCCCGGGGCCGCGGCCACCCCUAGAAGCACAGACUCCGCCAUGGGGGGAGCAGCCGGCCGCGGUGCUGCCUCGGACGGCAUCAGCUCUCCUUGGUCGCUUUGAAAUUCACCCCCUCGUCUCCCACCCCCGGUAGCCCCUGGGUUUGUCCAGGAGGAAUGGCUGUUAGCGAGUGACUGCACCCGCCCUAUCUGUCAGGGUCGGUUGGUUGUUUCCAUUUUUAGUUACCACUUUAAAAGUUUCUUAUGCCUAGAAGUCGUUGCCGUUCCCUCCUGCCAACACGCCACCUCGCAGCGCGGAGCCUGGCUUGCCCUGCCGGCGAGCAGGUGAUGCGCAAGGAGAAAGCCUGGCCCCGCUGCCGGGGGUGCCGGGGUGCCGCCGGCGCCAUCCCCACCUGGCCGUGAACCCACCCUGACACCCCUGUCUUCCAGGACACCGAUCCUGCUCUGGGUCGUAUUGCUGUGGAAACACAGACACACACAAGUG